AUGGAGUCAAAGUACGCCAAAGUUCACCAAUCGCCAAAUGGCCCUGGCGAUGCGCGUCCCACCGCCCUCCAAAUUGUCAAAGAUGCAGGCCGUGAAGAUACUUUGGUCGGCAAAGCUAUUAUGAUCACAGGUUGCUCAUCCGGCCUGGGUAUCGAGACCGCACGCGCACUCUUUCAUACCGGAGCGACAUUAUACCUUACUGCUCGCGAUCUGGAGAAGGCGAAGUCUACGUUGGGUGACAUAGUGGGAAGCCCACGAGUCCACCUUUUGCACCUUGACUUGAAUUCCCUGAAAUCUGUGCGUGCAUGCGCUGAGGAAUUUUUGACGAGGUUUAAUACGCUCAACAUCCUGAUUGCGAAUGCCGGUGUGAUGGCGUGCCCUGAAGGCCGAACAGCCGAUGGACUUGAAACCCAGUUUGGGACAAACCAUGUAGCCCACUUUUUGCUGUUUGAUCUUCUUAAACCUCGCCUUCUCUCCUCAUCAACUCCGGCUUUCAAUUCUCGAGUUGUCAUUGUUGCGUCUAGUGCCCACCGUGUCUCCUCCGUCCAUUUCGACAAUCUUACUCUGGAAGGCGAAUAUGAGCCUUGGAAGGCCUAUGGCCAGAGUAAAACCGCCAAUAUCUGGACAGCGAACGAAAUCGAAAGACGAUACGGUGCUCAUGGCCUCCAUGCUUUCAGUUUGCAUCCUGGUGCCAUACAAACAGACCUUCUUCGCCAUGUAUCAAACGAACAGAAAGCCGACUGGGACAAAGAUGAAUUCUUGAUGAGCUAUUGGAAGAGCCCUGAACAAGGUGCCGCGACAAGCGUUUGGGGAGCGGUUUCAAGGGAAUUGGAAGGGACCGGAGGGAAAUACUUGGAUGACUGUCAAAUUGCACUACCUGCCGACCCUUCGCAGCAACAGGGCCCCGGUUAUGCGGCAUGGGCUUACAGUCCAGAAAUGGAAGCAAAGCUGUGGGCCAGAACCUUGGAUAUGCUUAAUGAACAAUGA